GAAGUUUCAAAGCUCAACAUUUGGCAGGAUUCACAUACGACUUUUACUCCAUCCCUCUAUACUACGGUCCCAAGUUCGUUUAGGGUGAUACACUCACUCAAUAUUAUCUGCCGUACUCGGACUAGCGCGCUCAAGAAAAUCAAACAAUAUAGAUACGGUUGACCUCCAGACGGGUUCCAGAUUGGUUAAAUACAAAAAAGUAUCCCAUGAAUCCACGACUUCUUCUUCUUGCAAAACCACCAUCUUCCAGAUCUGAACUCUUCUCAUCCAAUCCAAAACAACCUCAUCAUCUUUCACUUUCAAUCGAAACUGCAAAGUACUAUUCUAAUACAAUAGAAAAGAGGAAUAUCAAACAAUCACUUCUUACCAAACCAAACAAACUCUAUCUACCAAGAUGUCGGCACCAUUCGGCUGGUCAGUUCUAAAUCAUCCCAAUAUGGUGACAUUCAGACGGCCAAAUUACACAAGACUUACUACGAACAACGGGCCAGUUCCAUGCAGAACUUGUAAGAGAUCGAUUACAUGCGAAGGAUUCGUCUGCGAAUGCACUGAUUUCGAAUACUACUGUUCUGAAUACUGCAGGUCCCAGCAUUGGAGUUUCUGCAUAUCCAAUAUUUCCAAGCAUGUCGCUCGCCCUUCACCUCAGCACAAACUCGCACUUUACUUUCCACCCAAUAGCGAGAACCCUAAUGUAUUUUGGUGUCCCUGUCCUGUUAUCAACCAGAACCCCUGCAUUCCAUUCUGCGACAGCUGUAUUGUCUGCGAAAGCUGUCACGAAUGUCAUGAUGCUGACAUCCCACUGUGUGCCCCCCUUUUUGCUCUAGGAGCAAACACUACCGCAAAUUUACAGGGUGAUCUUAUUACCUGGGUAAUUUCACGACCAGGAGAAGAUUUUGAAGGGUGGACACCGGGUACCGUCAUUGGCUUGGAGGCCGGAAAUUCUCUCAAUCAAUGCAGCGAGAAUAUGUGUAUUCAGAAACUCACAGGAUGGGCAAGAGGUUGGGUCGGACCAUAUGUGAUGAUUGGGGAUUCGUGGGCUGAUUGCAACGGGAAGACGAUGACUAGAGACGUCAACAUGGAUGAUAUGCAAACGGCGAUAAAGUUUUUCUCCACGACAACACGCAAAGAUUUGGUUGCUGCGGAAGCAGAUACUGCAGAACGCAAGGAAAAGAGUCUCUUCGAGAUGAAUGAUAUUCUAAGUCGUUUAUUGAAUAAAAAAUAAUUUUCCAUGGGGCUGAGUGGUCGAUUUUAUGGCAGGUAACUUCGGGAGAGGAUAUAUUGCUCAAUCAUUCGAACAAUGGGUGAAUGGGAAGGGGGAGUCAAGGGGUUUAUAUCACGCGAUGGUCUUACAUAUUAGGCGGUAAAAUCAAUUGAAUAUCCUGAUCA